AUGGACCCCGAACUCAGGAUGCACAAGUCGCAGGACACCGACUUCGCCAAUGGCCAUGACACCAACGGCAACGGCAACGAGCCGCCGGCUAUGAUGCCCACCCUCCAGCAGGUUCGCACCGCUGGCAGCGUCACAAUCACCCCCGAGAUGUUCGAACGUAUGUACCUCUCUCCCGAGAACAAGGUGUCCGGUGAUAUGCGAAGGAUCCUCGGUAACCCAACUCCAAUCGGUCUUGGUGGUUUCCUGAUCGCGUAUUGUCCUCUCAUCUUCUCCAUCCUCGAGUGGAGGGGCUACACUGGCCUUGGUGCUGCGACUGUGGGAACGUACUAUUUCAGCGGUGGAUUGAUCGCCAUCAUCGCAUGUAUCUUUGAGUUCAUCCUGGGCAACACCUUCCCAGCGACCUUCUUCGGCGUGUUCGGUGGAUAUUUCUUGUCGUAUGGGGCAACCUUUACUCCAUACUUCAACGCCUAUGGCGCAUAUGCGGCCGCAGACCCGGUCACUCACACUGGUCAGAUGGCGCCUCCAUUCCAGACAGGUCUUGGCUUCUGGAACUUGAUGAUGGCCAUCUUCACCCUUUACUGCACCAUCUGCGCGCUUAGAACCAACGUCAUGUUUUGCGCCGCCUUCUUCUUCCUCGUGAUCACAUUCAUGCUCGUGGCUGCCGCGGAGUGGGUUUCGGUCGAACCGGGAAUGGUGGCUACUGGAAAGUCGCUUCAGACUGCUGGCGGUGCUUGUGGCUUCGUCGUGCUGGUCAUAGGCUGGUAUCUCGAGUUGGCACUCAUGCUGACAACCGUCGACUUCCCCUUCAACCUCCCAGUGUUCGACUUGAGCGGCGUAGUUCCAAGCGGUACCGAUAUGAGGAAGAGGAAGCGAGGAAAGAAGGAUCUCGAGAAGGGCGAGUAG